CAACAGGCUAUCUCCAUGCACGUAAUUUAUUUAUACAUCCAGAAGAGUCCAACUUUUUUGCUCUUGUGUGUGUUUACUCCAUGAGCGAUAAUACAAACGACGAGCGUACACCGCUCAUUCGGCGUACCGAGACGCCAACUCGUGAAGACGAGCGGUUCAAAGAAUUCAGACUUCCAAACAAGGUCGCUCGUGCAUACAGUGUACUCUUUGGCUGUCUCUUGGUGUUCGCUUUGCUUAUCCAUAUCGUGCCACGGAUACUCCCCAUUCCGUUAUCCGAUACUGAAGCCAAUCGCCAUGGUGAAUUUCCCGGUUUGCAUGCCUACAAUGAAUAUCUCAGCCAUUUCACGGCUCCCCAUUCUGUGAAUUCGCGAGAGAACGGCGUCAUGAAGGAAUGGCUUGCAUCGCUGGCUUAUGACUUCCAAGCUGAAGCUCAUGCCAACGGCUUGCAAAUGGAUGUUAUCGCCAACGAUACAACCAAAAAAGUGUUGAAAGAAAGUUGGUACAAUGAAGACGAACAAUGGUUUAUUGAAUCGCGCAAUGUCAUUGUCCGUUUGCAUGGACAAAAUAAUCGAUCGGAUGCUUUGCUGAUUAAUGCUCACUAUGAUAGCGUGCCUACAAGUCAUGGAGUGACUGACAACGGUAUUGGCACCAGUGUGGCUCUUGAACUCUUGCGUUACUUUGUCCAUCAUCCUCCUCAGAAUACGAUGAUCUUUUUAUUCAACAACUUUGAGGAAGGAGGUCUUAUCGGUGCCAAGCAAUUCAUCACGCACCCAUGGUGGCCCACCGUCAGGCUUUUCAUUAACCUUGAGGGAGCCGGUGCUGGCGGGCGCGCCGUCUUGUUUCGAAGCACCAGUCUCGGUGCCCUGAAAAGGUUGGCUUCCUCCAAAAGUCAUUAUCUCCAUGCUACGCCGCUAGGCAACGACAUGAUGAAAUCCAAACUUCUCAAGAGUGAUACCGACUACUCGGUCUUUGUGGGCGAUGGUACUCCCGGUUUGGAUAUUGCCUUUUAUGCACCUCGAUCGCACUAUCAUACCCCUCGCGAUGAUUUGGCUCACGCCUCAACCAAUGCGGUACAGUACAUGGGACAGAUGGCGCUCGGUGCGGCAAUUGCUAUUGAUGAAGAUGAAACCGGUCUUCUCUCUGAGAAGCACGAUUUAGAACGUGAAGUGUACUACGAUAUUCUCGGCCGAAUUCUGGUUGCCUACAGCUUCAAAGCUUAUAUUAUUACCAACAUCUUGGUUUUGAUUGCUGUCCCUCUCAUGUCGGCUGCUUACUGGACGUUGAAAUCCAACUCGCAAAGACUCAGUGUCCUCACGCGGAAAUCCUUACUUACACUUCAAGGUCUUGCUGCCGUCUUUGUCGCCAUCAUCUUCAUGAUCGUAUCCGUCGCCGUGGCCGCUAUUUUUAUGAUCAAAGUUAACCCAUUGAUGACGUAUGGAAAUGUGAAUUGUGCCCUUGUGUAUCUUUUCUGUGCAGCUUUGUUCGGUCUCUUUUCAUCCCAGUUGCUGUGUGUGAGCUUCUCCAAGUCUUUGCGUGCAACAUUGACCAACUUGGAAACCACUCUUUACGGCGUCACCGCAUUUUGGUGGGUUUUACUCGUCUUGGCUACGUAUUUCGGCUCGCGCGGUAUUGCUGCGCUCUACUUUUCCAUUUAUUGUAUGAUAAGCAGCGCGCUGGCUACAGCUGUGUACCAAUUCACGCCCGCCAACAAAACUUGGCGUCUUCCCCUCGUAUUCAUCCUCCAAAUUGGUGUCCCAUUCGUAUGCCUGAUGGAAAUAUGCUUCAUGAGCAUGGAUUCCAUGCGUCAUGCUACCGUGGAUGGUACACCCGAAUUUGUUGUCUAUGGAUUAUUGUCCAUCCCGGUGAUCAAUAUUCUGGUCAAUUUGUUGCCGUGGAUUCAUCACAUUGGUGAACUUCGAAGAAUGACGAUUCUUACGGGUAUGGUGCUCAUUGUUAUACUGACCGUAUGCUCUGCGUUGUUACCGUUUAAUGGAGGCUGGUCGCCCAAUAAGGCCGUCUUUAACCAAGAGUACAAUGUCUCUGCGGUGGAUGCUUUGGCCACUGUUUCCCUGAUCAGUAGUGCCGGUAUACAAUCCACAUUGAAGAGUAUUCUACCUCGCCAUGAAUUGGACUCUCUUGAAUGCCAUGUGCACAAGGUCUAUCAGACCAAAUGCACUUAUCAGACGGAUCUUAUCCCUUGGUACGCUUCGCAAGAAGGCGAAAUGAAAGUGGAGGUGCUUUCCCGCCAUUGUACGGAUUCCACUUGUCGAUUGGAUGGUACUUUUACGUCAAAGAACAGCUUGUUAUGUCGCAUCCAUGUGGAUUCCAUGACCAAUUUGACCAACGGAUGGGUCAAUGGACAGAAAACCGAAGAAGACUUCCGCUCGCUGGUGGUGUACUCGACAGAGUAUGGCAAAACCGUGAAUUGGUCGCUUGAAUAUCCUCCCAAUGCACAGGGGACGGCCCAAGUGAGCUGUUGGUACGAUGAAUGGACCGAAGGUGAAUUACCCGCAUUCACAUGGCUCCGCGAUAACUUCCCUGAUGAUACCGUCCUUCUUCUUCGUGGACAGGGAUUAGCCCUCGCCCACUUUGCUUCCAUUGAUUUGUAGGAAAAUAAAAAUCCUUGUAUGCUUUGGCAAAUCUAAUCAGAUGAACGAGGCCUGCCAUAUAAAA